UUGACGACCAGUUCAUGCUCCAGUCAACUGUUUGGCAGGGCUCUGACGUUUCUCAGAAUACGAGAAAUAUGACCAACAUGAACGUAACGCUAAACGAUAGCUCUGAUUUAACAGAGAAUGAAUUUGACCAAUUAAACAUAACAGAACAUUGGAUAUUUUCUGAGCUUUUUGGUGCACUUCUUCAGACAGAGAAGCUGCCAGAUAGUAACACGUUUAGUUAUCAAUGUCGAAAAGAUCUGGCAUUGUUUAGUCUGGCAUGGAGCAGGAAGGAACCUUGGACUUUGAGCAUGUACGACUCCAUGGGGAAGCCACUACCAGGCUUGCUCAGUGGCACCAUGACAUGGUCAGGACACUUAGACCAGUGUGUUAACACCCACGUGACUUAUAGUAAACUCAGCCAUGAUAGGUCACCGGCGGAAAUUCGAACACGUUUUUGUGCUGUCUACAUAACACUUCCAAAAUGGCUGUCAGAAAGAAUGCGAAGUUUUAAUAUCCCAUUUCCGGUUGCUGUCCCGUCAGUUAUUGCUGACAUAUGCACACUGAGCGGUUGUUCAGAGGACGAUCUGCACGGACUGUUCCAAAAGUACGUCGAGAAGAAUUCGAGACGAGACAACAUUACAAUCACAAAAGUCAGAUGUUUAACGGAGAAGAACGUGUUGGAAGAUGCUCCAGCAGUCGUCUCUUUGUGUGUCAUCUUCCUGUUGAUUCUACUGGCACUAGCUGGGACUGUCUUUGAAGUCAUCCUCAGAGCUAGGAGACGUGGGUUAAACUCCGCUAGAAAUCCGAAUCUGACAGGAUGUGGCGAUCUCAAUAUGUCGACACUGUCUUCGAUCGGCAGCAGAGUCUUGGACACUCAUGUCAGCAACAGGGGCGCCAAUCCUGGGCAGGAGGGAAUUCCUGAAGCAAAGGAUGACAGGGAAGCUCUGUCGGAUUCCUUAUCAGAUGAUCAUUCUAGCGUCAUUGAAAAACUUGAUAGGAUUCAUAUUUCAUUUCCAGAGACACAGGUCGCUGACGGCACGAAGAGUGUGAUAUGUGAUGACUCAGUAAUUACUGAUGAACAAAGUGUAAACAACGCUAUAACAUGUUCUGACACGGAUGCUUCUCAGGACUUGUCAUCUGAUGUUAAUGCUGGCAUCAACGAAGAGCAGGAUGGGAGUGACAAUUCAGCUUCCCAAACACAGGACGCUGCCAGCACGAAUGGUGGGACUCAGGACGACUCGGUAGUAGCUGAUGAACACAGUGUAAACAAUGCAGUGACGUUGACCCUGUUACAGAGACUUCUCGUGGCGUGUUCUAUUCGCCGAAACACAACUAACGUGUUUGGGAAAGGUCACGAGGACAUGUUGUUUUGUCUAAACGGUAUCAGAGUCCUGAGCAACAGUUGGAUUGUUCUUGGCUCCUACUUCAUGACGAUCUUCUCAAAUCCUGCCGUUGUUGAGAAUCACGUGACAAUCUCCAAGUUUGGACAAUCCUUCUGGGCGCAAUUUCUCAUCAACACCGGCCUGGCUGCAGACACGUUUUUUAUUAUGAGCGGCGCGCUCAAUAUGUACAACUUAAUGAAAGCCAAAGCAAAGUCUAGAUGUAAGAGUAUGCUUAAAGUGAUGUCGCGUGCUGAAUAUUGUCAGAACAUCAUACACCGACUCUUCCGAAUCGUGCCAUGUCACUACAUGUCCCUGAUGAUACACACGAACCUGAGUAGAUACCUGGGAACUGGGCGAGAGCUGAGGCAACAGGCAGACUCUAGUGAACACUGCAGGAAUCACUGGUGGUCAAACGUCUUGUUUGUAAGCAACUUUCACAAGGCACAUGAGAUGUGCAUGCCGUGGUCAUAUUACUUGGUGAACGACCUGCAGAUGUCGCUCCUGUCGCCCCUGGUUACUAUUCCGCUACUUUGCCGACCGGUCCUGGGAUUUAGUCUCAUUAGUUGCCUGGUUGUCUUACAGAUCGUGUCAGUUUUGGCCAUCAACACGCCAAUAAAUGGGAAUAGUAUGAGAACCAAUACAACCAGCUAUUUCUCUGAGGUCCAGGUGAAGCCAUAUUGUCGAGCCGGUGUCUAUGCUAUCGGCCUAGGCCUCGGCUACUUUCUCUACUCUGGGGAUAAGAAGGUUCGACUGAGAAAG